AGGGAGAGAGAAUGUGUGUGCGUGUGCAUAAACAAAACAAAGAGAGUUUCAAAUUCAUUUGCUAUCAGUAUCUUCCACUCCACAUAACCACUAAAAAUCUCUGAAGCUGAGGGCAUUGUCUACUGUCACAGACAUGGGUGAAGAAAAGAAGGAAGAAGGAAAUAAAGAAGAAACCAAAGAGGUAAAGAAGGAAGAAGAGAAAAAGGAUGAAAGCAAGGACGAGGCAGUGGAGAUAGUGCUCAAAGUUUAUAUGCAUUGUGAGGCCUGUGCAAGGAAAGUUGCAAAAGCAUUGAAAGGAUUUGAAGGAGUGGAAGAGGUGAGUGCAGAUAGCAGGUCAAGCAAAGUGGUAGUGAAAGGGAAGGCUGCAGACCCCAUAAAGGUGUGUGAGAGGCUACAAAGGAAAAGUGGCAAGAAGGUGGAGCUAAUUUCACCGUUGCCAAAACCCCCAGAGGAGAAAAAUGAAGAACCCAAAGAACCACCCACAGAGGAGAAAAAAACACAGCCUCCUCCUAUGGUAACAGUUGUCCUAAAAGUUCGAAUGCAUUGUGACGCAUGUGCUCAAGUUAUACAAAAGCGAAUCCGUAAGAUUAAAGGAGUAGAAUCAGUGCAAACAGACUUGGCAAAUGAUCAAGUCAUAGUAAAAGGUGUUGUUGACCCUGCCAAACUUGUUCAUCAUGUGAACAAGAGGACCAAAAAGCAAGCCUCUAUUGUGAAGGACGAGGAAAAGAGGGAAGAAGAAAAGAAAGAAGAGGAGAAAAAGGAAGAGAAAAAAGAAGGUGAAGAAAACAAGGGAGAAGAAGAUAACAAAACUGAAAUCAAGAGAAGUGAAUACUGGCCAUCGAAAAACUACAUCGACUACGCUUAUGCCCCUCAGAUUUUCAGCGACGAGAAUCCAAAUGCUUGCUCUGUUAUGUAAAUUAGCAAACCGUGCUGCUAAAUCUGUAUUAGUUAGAAUGCUUAAUUAGCUGAAGUAAUUUUCUUUUUCAGUGUUGUUAGGUAGCGGUGUGAGUAUUUCGAGGUAUAUUCCUUCCUUUCCAUGGCAUCCCUCAGAGUUAGAUGUCUUAUUUCUUAUGCUUAUGGGCUUUCAUGUAGUAUAGUCC